AUGGCCUAUUCUAACGUUUCUAAUGAUUUAAUUUGGGAAAUAACCAAAAACCAAUCAGCUUUCUUGGUUAAACGUGGAAAUUUCACUUUUUCCAAAGAUCCAUUGAAUGUAACUAACAAAAACUCUAGAACCUCCAGUGGAUUAGCUAAUGAUAAGGCUGUUGGUGUUAGCGAAGUUGAUGAUAGAAUCACUCUCAAAACCAGAACCCAAAAAAGUUCAAACAAACCAUCUCAAUCAGUCUACACUCAAUCAUUCAAAAGUGGCAAAUCCAGCAGAAGGGUUGCUUUAGCAGUUUCAAACACUGUCAAGGGCUACAGAGAAGAUUUAAGAGUUGUUGCAGUUAAAAAGGCCUCUCAAUAUUCAAGAGCUAAAACCCAAAGAAAGACCUACGAAGCUAAAUCAAGAAAAUAA